CUAACGUUGAGUUUUGAUAGAGAGUGGAAUUGAGAUAAGUGAUAAGAUGCCGAUGUAAGUUAAACAAGCAAGCGUCUUCUCAUUUUAUCACAAUUCCUACAUGAACGUCAAAUUGAUAAUGUUCAAGGACUUUGGAAGGAAGUUGCCAAUGUGGCCUAGUUGAAUUCAAACUUGAGGUUGGUAUUCUUUCUAUAUAGUUUUUGAGUGGAUCGAGACAUUAUCUUCUCUCAAAAUAGUCUUUCAUCCUCGACCUUUUCCUUGAUUUCAAAUCAUAUCAAGAAAUGGCAAUUCUAAUUCUGAAAUCAUCCAGUCCCACACACCAGUCCCCUACCAACUCUGCGCCUGCUCCAUCUGUCGCAAAUGCGGCGGCUAUGGAGGCUCCGUAAAUCUAGGAGGAAUAGCCUCAACCCUCCAAAUAACUAAAGGCUCCGACUCCAUAAAGUACUUCCCCUUCCCCCCCUUGUCCCAUAUCUCCCCUCCCACCAACACAAACACAGGAAGUACACAGCAACCAAAGACCGGCACCUCAGAACGCAACUUCUGCUCUGAGUGCGCAAUCAUGCUUUGGCUGUGGGAUAAGACCUGGCUGGAACUCAUCCAUCCUUUUGCGUCGGCGAUUGAUACCGAGUUACCGGUUGUCGAGGAGAUGGUUUGUGUUAAGGCGGAUAGCAAACCGGCGUAUGUGAGGUGGCCCGAGGGGAAGAAGAGUGUUCAUGAGAAUUAUGGGGAGGAUAGUAUUGAGGGGUGGUAUAAGAAGAGGGAACUUUUUGUUGAGUAG